ACCCAACCAAUUGUUUCCAUACUUGCACUCUCUGAGCCAGACAGAUUUUAGACCAAGAACUUUGGCUACUCUGCAUAUAUAUUAGAUACCUGGAGAGAAGUUGGGAGAGAGAAAAGAAGAAGCAAAACCCUGUAGCUCCCUCUCUCUGUGACUGUGCGUAUAUUUAUUUCUGGGUUGAGUUAAUUGUGAAGAAGGAUCAAGAAUUAUGGGGAGGGGAAGGGUUCAGUUGAAGAGGAUUGAAAACAAGAUCAACAGGCAGGUCACUUUCUCAAAGAGAAGGUCCGGGUUGCUGAAGAAAGCACAUGAGAUCUCUGUGCUUUGUGAUGCUGAGGUUGCUUUAAUUGUUUUCUCUACCAAAGGGAAGCUCUUUGAGUAUUCUACGGAUUCUUGUAUGGAAAGGAUCCUUGAACGGUAUGAGAGAUAUUCAUAUGCAGAGAGGCAGCUUGUUGCAGGUGAUCUUGAACAAAAUGGAAGCUGGACACUGGAACAUGCAAAGCUCAAGGCUCGGAUGGAGGUUUUAAUAAAAAAUCAAAAGCAUUUCAUGGGAGAAGAUCUGGAUACCUUGAGUCUCAGAGAGCUUCAAAAUUUGGAGCAACAGCUUGAUUCUGCUCUCAAGCACAUUAGGUCAAGAAAGAAUCAACUUAUGCACGAGUCCAUUUCAGAGCUUCAGAAAAAGGAUAAGGCAUUGCAGGAGCAAAAUAACGUUCUUGCAAAGAAGGUAAAGGAGAAAGAGAAGGAAGUGCUAGCCCAACAGACACAAUGGGAGGAGCAAAACCAUACCCUUGACUUGGUCUCUGACCUUCCAGUACAGCCAUCGCAGUCCUUUAACAUUGGCGGAUCUUAUAACCAAGCAAUUAGAGGAAGUGGAAGAGAUGACGAAGGAACUCCAUCGGACCAACAUCGAGCAAAUGCGGUGCUGCUGCCCCCUUGGAUGCUUCGCCAUCUUGAACAAUAGGGAAACGUAUUUUAUAUCAAAUAAAAUAUAGCCCUUAAUCUUGUCACUACUCAUGUUUGAAAUCUCUGUUAUUUCUAUGAAUAACAUAUCUGGACCCCAUGCAGUCCACAAUCUCUAACGAUGUAUAACAUUUUAUAUAUAUGUAUUAUGCUACGUCAUUCAUAUAUAAUGCUGAUCUAAACAGCUCAUUUCCCAAAA